AUGGUGGAACCCUUGUAUACAGCAUUCACCUGUGCUGACGCCAAAUCUAAUUCUCUUGCACUUUUGGAUGGUCAUUACUCCCUGACCAAUCUGCUUGACCCUGCUACUACAACCUUUCUCUCCCAUUGUCGAUUUCACAAGGAUCAUUCACCCGUACACCUUGAGGUUACAACAUCUGAUCAUGUGUACUUCUGGUCUCGAAACCCAGAGGACAAGGGUUCUGAACCCCAUGGGUUGCACAACGGACACUUCAAGGCAGCUGCCCAAUCACCAGUGAUUGCCUAUUGUGACGCCCUUUUUUGUAACAUUCCUUUGGCAACGGGAUUUUUUCCCUCAAAUUGGCAGAACUUGAUGAACUUUGCCAUUGAGAAAAAGGCAGGUGACUUCCAGCUGUCGAAAAUGCGCACUAUUCAGUUUUUGAACUCAGAGGCACAGGCGGACAACAAAAAAGCAGGUUGCGUGGCCAUGCGGUAUGCUGAGGAACACUCCUUGAUCCCAGAUGAUGGUCAGUGUGGUUCUCAAAAACGACAUCAGGCCAUUGACCUGGCUCUGUCUAAACGUCUGGUCUGGGACCUUUUGAUUAAUCAACAACGAGCGGCUGGAUGGAUUUCCAAUGAUGCCAAAUCGUGCUUUGACCGUGUUCUUCAUUGGGUAGCAAUCAUUGCAAUGCUACGUUUUGGGCUGACAUGGAGAGUACUGUUGUCCAUGUUCAACAUGCUCUCGUCAACAACGCAUCGGGUUCAGACAGGUUUUGGCAACCCACCUUCUGUUAUCCCAUUCCAAGGUUGUGGACAGGGUAGUGGGGCAGGACUGUGA